AUGAAGGCAUGUGGGAUCUGGCCAAAGCUAAAUCAGAGGAAAUCAGGAAAGAAAUUGAGGCAAUGGAGGCAGCCAAGUACGCAGAAAGCAAAUCUCAAAAAGAUAUUCAUCCAUCCCUCGACUCCAAGAGUGAUAUACGGCCCUGGACAGAGUGGAGGUGAAGAGAAUGGGGAAGGCGAAAAGGCAAAUGGAAAAGCUUGGCAACCAGGAAAUUCCAGGCCAUGCGUCGCCGAAUAUCUAGUCACAUGGGAAGAAGUAGGAAUGGGGAAGAAGACAGAUGGAGUUCAAGUGCCUAAAAUGCCGAGCCAUUUGGAGGGCUUCGUGGCUUCUGCUUUGCCUACUAGGAGAGUAAGAAUCCGCAUCUGGGGACCUCGAGCUCCUUACACGUUUCUUGAGAGUACGUGUCGUGGCUUCAAUAACAGCUUGAAAUUCGAGCCUCUAAAUCAACCCAUGCUGGAUGAUAUGAGGCCAGAAAUGUAUUGCGAGAAUGCAGGAAAUAAGAAAUAUGACUGA